CUCCAUUAAAAUAAACUGUAUAAUCAAUUAAUAUCAUCUUUCCCAAAAUCUGAAAAAGUAUAUAAAAUCAUGUUCCGAUUAGCAUACCAUCUCACAAUCUUCAGAAAAAUCUCUCUCAUAAUCUACCUUCUAUACGAAGCCCUAGUUCCUUCUCUUUCAAGAUACUUUUAAGUUUUUAUCAACCAAUCAACCCUUUUCUUUAUUUAAUUUAACACGCACACCAAGUGUUCGAUCAUUUGCUUGAAAGAAAAAAAGAGUUAGAAGAAUGCCGAUGUUGGGGGUGCCAAUAUGUGUGGAGUGUGGGACCCGAAGUAACCCGUGCAGGUGUAAGAUAGUGGGACCCACAGUUGGGUUCCUAGCGUUUGUGGUGGCGGCGGUGGUGGAGUGGCCGGUGGGUGCGUUGGUUUACCCGUUUAAGCAUCGGAAAGGUCGUAAGAUUAUGGGUCAUCCUGUUUCUGUGGUUUAUCCUUCUGUUACUAAUGCUAUUCCCAUUUGAUGGGAUUACUUUUAAUCUUAUGAUAAUAUUGUAAUUUUAUUACUACUGCGUUACAGGUUAUGUCAAAUCGUUGCACAUAACCAGUAAUGGAGUUAGUAAGUGUAUUAAUUGUAGUUUUAGUUGCAAUGUUAUACGAAGUAGUAAGUGUAUGUUUAUUUAAUUAUAGUACUUUCUCAGUCCCUUAAUUAAAUUCUUACUUUUUUAGCGUAUAUUUUUACCUCUUUUUAUUAGUUUGGGUUAAUCAUUGCCCUAAAGUGAUGAAUCCUUAUGUACGUUGGGACACUUUGUUCCUUAAUUAAUGCAUUAGCUAGCUUUCCCUAA